AACUCAAAACUCGAAACUUUUCUUUGGCGAUCUCUCUCCUUCUCUAUCACAAUCCUCAUCUGAGAGAGAGAAAGUAGAGAGAGAAACAAGGAUUUUUUUGGGAAGAACAGAGAGAAUGUCUCUAACGAGUGUGAAAAUGUCGGAGGAAGUGUGGCUAACAUGCCUCACUCAUGCAUUGUCCACCGAGACCGAGGAGAUUAUGGGUCUUCUUCUCGGUGAUAUCGAGCACAAGAACGGGAGUGUAACUGCCCUAAUUUGGGGAGCAUCACCUCAAACACGUUCUGAUCGAAGGAAGGACCGUGUGGAGACUAACCCUGAACAGUUGGCUGCUGCAUCUGCUCAGGCGGAAAGAAUGACUACUUUGACUGGUAGAACGACUAGAGUGAUUGGAUGGUACCAUUCACAUCCUCAUAUUACAGUUCUUCCUUCUCAUGUCGAUGUACGGACCCAGGCAAUGUACCAACUUCUGGAUUCUGGGUUUAUUGGGCUGAUUUUUUCCUGUUAUAGUGAAGAUAUAAACAAGGUUGGAAGGAUCCAAGUAAUUGCAUUUCAGUCCUCGGAUGGGAAGCAACACCAUAUGUCAAGACCUAUUUCUCUGUCUCCCGUAAAUAGAAAUUCAAUAAUAGAUCUUGAAUCAUCAUUAAGUUCGUCAGAAAAUGCAGUGGUGAGAUCUGGAUCGAUAAAGGUGGAGAGUCCUGAACACGAUACUGGUGAUUCAAGAACUGCUGUAGGUAUUAAGGCCGGGGCAAGAUCUUCAGACUUGGGGGGCCUUUUUGCUAAUGCCGAUGCAAACUUUCAAGAAAAGGAAAGAAUUGGAGGAAACUACAAUACCAACAAUUCAAAUGACAACAUUGUUGAUAUAGAUCCCAUGGAUGUCUCAGAUGGUAUGCAAGAAGCAAUGCAUCGUUCAAACUUGGACAUGAGUGGUGCAGAGUACGUCAGGAAAGAAGUUCCUCUGUAUGUAUUGCCAACAUCAGCUCUUAUUAAACUCGACUCACCUUUGACAUCCUUUACGGAUUUGCAACGCGUAUUAAAUGAAGAGGAGCAGGAAGCAUAUAACCAAGCCAUCUUGCAAAAUACGAGGGAUUGGAAAGUUCAUCCACUUACUUUUAUACAUCACACGUCAACAUAUCAGGCUUCCAUGUGCAAGUUAAUUGAGUAUUGCUUGAGUCCAGCCAUAAAUGCACUCCAGGACCGCUUAAGAGAGAAUGAAACUCGGUUUGCCAUACUGAAUGAUGAAGCCAAGAAUUUAGAGGCCGAGGCAAAAAGGGAGAGUGACCCAAGUUCAGGAUCUUCUCGUCAAGUUCCAUCUCCUCAUGGUUCGCGCUUAAGUGCUUCGCCGGGUCAUAGGGAGUUGUAUAGUACAGCUGACUUAAUGGGUGCAAGGGCUCUUUCUGGUCCUGGUAGCCGGAGUCGAAGAGGGUCUCAAUAAAAUCUCAAAGUGACCUUGUUCCUUACCUUUUUCCCGUGUUGUAAUGUUUAGGCUAGAAAUGUUGUUUUUAGCAUAUUCUACUUCUGCCAUGACCAGUGAUGCUUCUGUAUGAAUGUUGUGAAGAUGGCAUCUGGUAAAGUUUUCAUUUUCGUCAUUUUGACAUUGGUAAAUCAGUGAAUACUGAAUAUGCCCUUUGAACACCAGGGUGGCGAGUUUGAGAAAAGGAAAGAAUUUAAACCGUCUACCGUACGUAAUGUCGGCCAUUUUUGUAUCAAAUCUACCAAAUGUAUGCGCAUUGAAGGCCUAAAUGUAUUUUUGGGUUACUUGUGUACAUGGAUUAUUCAUUG